GCGGAGCACCGGGAGCACCGGGAGCACCGGGAGCAGGGAAUGAUCCCUUGCCCACAUCCUAUCUCACCUCGCCCGCCGCCGCCACUCCGCACGGCCCGCGUGUGCCCGGCAGCGCCGGUAACCGGGGGCGCACGGGCUGUACCGGCCCCAACCGCCCUCGGAGAGCGGAACGGCAACGCUUGACAUAAGUCCCUCCUAGUCUGGCUCGUCCUUCAUGGAAAAGGGGGAAAACCCGGCGGUUUUGCCCAUGUAGCGUUUCCCAGCCGCUGGGAGCAAAGCGCUGCCGUGCCGAGGUUUGCCCGUCAGCGUUUUCCGCGCUGGCCCCGCGUGUGGGGGCUGACAGAAACCAGCAACACCGCCUGUGCAAAAAAAUAGCUUGCCGGUUAAAGCCUGACCACCUUUUCAUUCUCCUUUUUUCCCCUCUUUUGUGCUUUUUUCCUUGCCAACCAGGUGGCGGAACAUCACCAAGUCGCAGAAGGAAUUCAUCAGGACGGUGUCACACCCUGAUCCCAGGGAUCGCUGGUGCAUCCGGCAGAGCACAGGAGGGAGCCAUGGUGUGCAUUCCGUGCAUCGUGAUCCCUGUUCUGCUCUGGCUCUACAAGAAGUUUGUGGAGCCCUACAUCUACCCCGUGAUCGCGCCCUUCAUCAAGCGCGUGCUGCCUAAGAAGGCUGUGCAGGAAGGAGCAGAUGCCAAACAGGGGCCAGCAGGCAGCGCUGGGGACCCUCAGGGACCUUCAGCCACCAAAAGAGACCAGGAGGAUGGAUCUGGAAGCCAUAAAUCUGAAAGCAAUGGCGUUGCAAAUGGAACCACUGCAAAGAGAUCCGCAGCAGCUCAUGACAAGAAAACGGCUUAAAGGAGUUAAUUCCUAAGGAUUUUAUUCCCUCGUGUCCAGUAUGAACUGCUGAUAUUCCUCUGACUUUGAGACUUUUUUCUUUGCACAUUUCAGCUGAAUAAAAAACUUCACUGCUUGCA